UUCCCUAAUUUGCAUAGGACAGAACGUUUCCUGAACAAACCGAAAGCAGGUGUGCCGCUGUUUACAGCUUUACAGGAAGAGACAGAUAUCACAAUCCGAAUUCAGGAAUACAGGAAAAGCAAUGGAAUCAUUUCCAGACUGCUGUCCUCAUGUUAGUAUGCCUGUAGAGACUGAUGAGUCUAUGACCUUGUCCUCUCUCAAUCUGGCCUGGCCUGCAUGCCAGCAGUGCCAAUCACAUACCCUUAAAGACACAGGAAAAAGUGGUAGAUUCAUCCCAGAGAUGUGUGUUCGUGAUGCAAGUAGAUUGGAUUACCUAGAUGGCUGCUAUCGGCUUCCUCCUAAAGAUUUAAGGGUCAGCCCCCUCACCAAACUUGCCAUAAGUGAUUCACAACACAUGGAGAGCACUGCAGGCUUGCCCAGUCUCUACUUGCCUCAAAGUUCAAGAAGACACCUUCAGAAAGACUAUAGAGCCCACAUAGAAGAUCUGAGUGAAGAUUUCUCAGGCAUCAGUCUUCAAAAUCGCUGCAGUUCCCCUGUCCUAUAUUCACACACCCAAAACCCUGUGAGUGAGGAUGAGGAGAGUCUAGAAAAGCCUCGUCCUCUUCGCUCUGACCUGAGAGAGGAUUUCUGCGGAUAUUCCCCAGCAAAGCAGCCAGGAUUUUAUGAUGAGUACCCACCAGAGGUUUUAUAUCACUGGCAUAAGCAGCCUGCAAAUUAUCCACAGCCCAACUAUCUCCUGCAUCCUUUCCUACCUGAUCAUGCAAGGCCCAUCUAUAGACAAGUGGCAGCUGUGAGGCCCCCUCAAGUUACAUCCCGUCAGAGCACAGCCCCUGUUAGAGAGCUCAUGUCAGAAGUGUGUGUCCAGCCUUCCCAACCAGCUGCUGCCGGCCACCCUCAAACACUGAGGCGCAACAUCAGUCUUCCUGAUGACUGCAGAGACAUUUUCAUAACAUAUUCUGUGGACACUGCAGCAGAGUUGAUGCCCUUUGUGAAUUUUUUGAUUAAUCAGGGAUUCAGACCAGCUAUUGAUAUAUUUGAAGACCGAGUUAGACAAAUGGACAUCAACAAAUGGAUGGACAGUUUUUUAAAAAAUAAGUCCGUGUUAAUCAUUGUAGUGAUCAGUCCAAAGUAUAAGACAGAUGUUGAGGGAGAUGGAUCUGAUCAACAUGGACUACACACCAAGUACAUACACACUCAGAUCCAAAAUGAAUUCAUUCUGCAGAGAUGUCUAAACUUCAGAUUGGUACCAGUGCUGUUUCCCAGUGCUAACCAAAGUCAUGUUCCACUGUGGCUACAGAGCACGCGUCUGUACCGGUGGCCUGAGGACGCUAAGGACCUGUUACUGCGAUUACUCAGAGAGGAAAAAUACAUCAUCCCUCCUCUGGGCAAAGAGCUGAUGCUCACUAUCAAACCUCUGUAAAAGUGAAUCUUCUGAUAUCAUGUCUAGAUCACAUUUCAUCUCCAGAUCAAAAGAAAAGAUGAAAUUGUAUUUUGUUUAAAGAAAAGUCUAUUUUAGGACCAUCAUUUUAUUUAUUUAUUUUUUAUUUUAUUUUAUUUAAUGAGAAAUGUGAACAUUUGUUCACCCAAAAAUUUAAAACAAUCUUAUUAUUCUCAAUAGUGAUUCUCAUAACUACAUUUUUUCCCCCUAUUUCUUUCAUUUGAUUUUGGGAUAAAGGUAACCACAACAUAAAUCCUCUGCAUUAAUGCUCUAGAAACACUUCACAGGCACUGCAGGUAAUACUUAUGAACUGUUUUGGAGCUGCAAUAAACGGUCUGUAAAUAAAUCUCAAUACCAACUCAGAUGCAACUUCUGAAAAAAAAGCUACUUUUUGUAAUGUCUAUUUUAUAUGCUUUUAUCACUUAAAGGGUUAGUUCACCCAAAAAUGAAAAUUAGCCCAUGAUUUACUCACCCUCAAGGCAUCCUAGGUGUAUAGGACGUUCUUCUUUCUGACAAAUACAAUCGGAGUUAUAUUAAAAAUUGUCCUGUCUCUUCCAAGCUUUAUAAUGGCAGUGGGCGGGUGUUUUCUUUCAACAGUUCAAAAGAAGUGCAAUAAAGUGCAUCCAUCCAUAAUAAAAAAUUGCCUCACAUGGCUCAGGGGGGUGAAUAAAGGCCUCCUGUUGCAAAUCAAUGCAUUUUUGUACGGAAAAUAUCCAUAUUUAAAACGUUAUAAACACUUUUUUCUAAUUUCUGCUAACUGUCGUACUUGCAAACUGUUCCAGACAGAUGACAAAGGACGUAUGCGUAUCGCAUGCGCCUGUGAGAAUAUGCUAGUUUUACGAGAACCAACGUUUGUUUACAGGAGCAAAGGAAGCAAAGUUUCCUUACUUUACCAAAGGAAAACCAGUCUCCUCUUGGUUUAUAUCAAACUCCUCUGACAUUUCUCUUUACAAAUCCUCGUUUUGUACUUCUAAUUCAUGAUUGGUGUUUUGUUUUGUUUUGUUUUGUUCUCUCCUCUAUGCUUCCGCAUUUGUCACUUCUAGCAAUAAAUUUGUGAUUAUUAGAUUGUGAUUAAAAUUUUUUAUCUAAUUAAUUACACGAUUUGGCGAUUAAUCACUUGACAGUUCUAAUUAUUACAGAGAUUAUGCCUAAUCCUAGACUAAAAUGGCCCUUUAAACCAGAUUGACAGAAAUCUGCUUUCUCCGUCAUGGUUUUGAAUAGUCUCAGAUUUAGUGUAGUCCAGAUUUUAAUAGGCUGCUUUCCUGGAGGAAGACUAGAGCUACUUCAAGACAAAAUUGAGGCUUAAAUUAAACCUACUAGGAGGCAGGUUUAACGCAGGUUUAACUUCAGAUUAAGAUUGUAUGCCCAGUCUUUAUAUAUCAAAAUUAUUGAUACCCUUUGUAGAUAUGAACAAAGAAACCUGUGAAAAUAAAUCUGCACUGUUAAUCAUUUUGAUCUUUUAUUAAAAUAUGAAGGUAAAUGACGUCAAAAAGAUUUGCAUACGCAGGGUAAAAUUUGUGAAAGUGUACAUAAGAUAGCAUGCGCAAGAAAAUAUUUGUUAAAGUGUAAAUUGCGUUUCAAGCGUAAGAAAAAAAGAUUUGCAGCAUUUUAUUGUUUUUUGUAAGUGUAAUUCAUGUAUUGUGAAACUGCAACUUCAUGCUAAGGCAAAAUAAAUAUGAUCUGUAUUCUUCUGA